GGGUCUUAUUUGCAUACAGCCGCGGCUUGGCCAAUGGGCGCCCCGGACGCUUUGGAACGCGGUGUUUCUCAUUUGCGUACCUGCGAAGGAGUGAGAGUGUGGCUCGCGGUCGUGACAGUGACUGGCGGGGGGUCGGGCAGAGAGCAGCGGGGCGACUGGUCCUGGGCGUCCGCUCCGCUCCGGGACCGCGGAGUCCCCCUCCCCGGCCCCCUGUCCCCCGGCGCCCGCCUCCCCUCCCCCCCGAGGGUCGGGCACCGUUUGGCUCCACGCGCGGUCCACAAUGUCUAUGGCCGGGCUGAAAAAGCAGUUUCACAAAGCUAGUCAGAAAUCCAGACUGGUGUGAUGUGUCCAAAGCCAUACAAAUAGAAUUGUGAUUUGAAUCCAUUUCCCAUAACUAGAGUCAAGGAAAGUUUCAUGGGGAAGCUCAUUAGUGAAAAAGUCAGUGGAGUAGAAAAAACGAAACUAGAUGAAGAAUUCCUAGAAAUGCAAAGGAAAAUAGAAAUAACCAGUAAAGCAAUUGUAGAGCUUCUUGCAAAAUGCACUGAGUGUCUGCAGCCAAAUCCAGCAUAUAGAGUGAAGCUUGGAAUGUGGAAUACUAUGUCCAGACUCAAAGGGCAGGUUCUAACCUCAGGAUACCCACAGCCUGAAGGGUUACUAGGAGAGUCUAUGCUGCGAUAUGGAACAGAGCUUGGAGAAAACUCUAUGUUUGGUCAAGCAUUAUUGGAUUUUGGUGAAUCAAUGAAGUUGUUAGCUGAAGUGAAAAACUCUCUUGAUAUCAAUGUGAAACAAAACUUUAUUGAGCCACUACAGUUAUUACAAGAAAAAGACCUAAAAGAGGUUGGGUAUCACUUGAAAAAGCUGGAAGGUCGUCGUUUGGACUAUGAUUAUAAGAGACGAGUUAGUAGGAUAUCAGAUGAAGAAUUACAAAAUGCAAUAGGAAAAUUUGAAGAGUCAAAGGAUUUGGCUAGAAAAGGCAUGAAUAAUUUGUUAGAAAAUGAUAUAGAGCAAGUUAGCCAGUUGGCAGUAUUUGUAGAAGCCAUGCUAGACUAUCACAGACAGUCUGUUGAAAUUUUGCUGGAGCUACACAGGAAAUUACAGCACCGAAUACGCAUAUCAUCUAUUUUCUCUAAUUAUACUUACAAUCCAAGUACUCCAAUCAGUACUUCUAAAGCUGGCAGACAUGAAAAUUUUCCCCAUUCUUCAAUAAAAAAAGCAGGUCCUUCGAUUCACAUGGAUCGUCCAUGCUGUCGUGCUCUCUAUGACUUUGUUCCUGAAAAUGAAGGAGAACUUGGAUUUAAAGAAGGGGACAUCAUUACAUUAACCCAUCAAAUAGAUGAAAACUGGUAUGAAGGAAUAUUUGAAGGGCAAACUGGAUUCUUCCCCAUUAAUUAUGUCUCUGUGCUAGUGCCUUUGCCUCAUUAGGUUUGUCACUCCAGCUGUGGACCUCAGUUUGUGACUGAAAUGAAUUCACCCAAGUGUUCUCUCAUUGUGGCAUUCUGUGAAAGCCCUUGAUAUAUUUGACUGACUAAAUGACUUUUGUAUGUGUGUUCUCUUUUUAAUGAGUUUUGUAUUUCAUUUGUAUAAAUAUUUUACCUUUUUGGCCACUUGGAAGUGCAGUUUUCAUUUUUUGCUUUGUCUCUUCAAAGUCACUGAUUAGAUGUGUAUGGAUCUUGUUGUUUGAAAAAAUUGUAUUCAUUGCAGAAACUCUUGACUGGUUUUUGUUGUCUAUUAGAUGCAGUGACUUUUAAAAACAUAUAAAGCUAAAAAAAAAAAAAUAUCAGUGCCUCCAUGUUAAUUGAGGUCACUGAGUUUUUCAGUCAUCACAAUGUAACUUAUCUGUUAACAAUCUAAUAAAUAUUGCUCAUUCUAUGUAGUCAAAAGUCA